AUGGCGGAGGAGGACGAGAUUGCCGAAGCACUUUUAGGAAUUGCAAACCGUCAAGCAGCCGAAUCAACGGCGAGAAGGGCCGGUACUGACACGGGCCGGCAGACUGCUGUUGAUGAAGCCACCGCGACGAAACAGUCUCGAAACCCCGUGAUGGAUACCUCCGAUGCUCUUCAGAGCGCGAAUGCGGAUGCGGCUGCAUCGCACCGCCACAAGCACAAGAAACACAAACACAAGAGCAAGAGCAAAAAGGACAAGCGAAGGAGUUCUCGCAACGGCCAGGACAGCAGUAUGGGCGGCGGCAGCGGCAGCGAUUCACAAGUCAACGGGGCCUAUCUAGGCAACCCUGGCAUGAUGCCUGGUAUGGUCAUGCCGCCUGGAAGCAUGCCCACCCAAUGGGCAUUUAUGCCCAAAACCUACGAAUCCUCCUUUUCUGCGUCCAUGCCUGCCUUUUCUCAGGCCGACCCGAUGCUCUAUCUCCACGCACAACCCGGUGCUAUGUUUGGGUCCGGAAUGAUGCCAGGCGGUCCUGGCGGCAUGGCCAUGGGCACCACCGGCAGCCACACGGGAUAUAGCCAUGCCAAUCCCUACGGCCCGCGCGAUGCCAUGAAUGACAUGACCACAGUCUCCAAAGCCACAUCCGUGGCCAACCCAAACGCUUACGCAGACCUCAGUGCCUAUCCGGCUGCAAACUAUGCUCCAAGUACGGGCAACAUGCCGGUCUCCAGCAACUCGGUGGGCCUUUCAGCCUCCAGUUUUCCGGCCGCAGGCAUUCCGCCCGGCACCUACGCUCAUCCCAUGGGCAACGGGGUCGGCUCCGUUCCCAGCACCGGCGCUGUUGCCGGCACCGCCCCAACCCCUGGUGCUCGGCUCCCCGUUGAGGCUGGCACAAUGGGUUCCAUGAUGAUGGGUGGCGAUGGCUCGCUCGGUUCCGCGACCAGCAUGAGCGGCAUGAUGGGUAUGAACGGCAUGGGCGGCAUGAACGGCAUGGGCGGCAUGAACGCUAUGGGCGGCAUGAACGCUAUGGGUGGUAUGAAUCCGAUGAACCCCAUGAACGGCAUGAACCCCAUGAACGGCAUGAACCCGAUGAACGGCAUGAACCCCAUGGGUGGCAUGAAUGGUCUGAGCAACAUGGGUGCCAUGAACUCCAUGGGCGGGCUCCCCGGGCUUGCCAUGCCUGAAGCUGGCGCAAGCAACCUUCUGGCCACAUCAGCCAAGCUGACUGCCCCAAAUGAGGCCUUGCGUCCAGAACAAGAGGCACAGCUCGCAUAUCUGCACUCUCUUUGGCACAUAAAAAAGGACACUUACGAUGAUUUGGCCAAGCGGGAGAUACCCUUUCGCAAAGGCAAGUGGCUUCCCGAUGAAGAACUUUUGUUGCAGCGCAACAUUGAUGACUUUAGGCAGGAACAUCCUCAAGUCGACCUUGAAGCUGUCGUCUGUGGUGUCAGCAAGGAUCGUAACAUCAAGCGAGCUUUCUAUAGUCGCGCUGCGCGUGGCAUCUGGCGGCCCAUCUUUCACGUGUAUCGCCGUGUCCUUCGAACAUACCAAAACGAUGUUGCCUCGUCCACCAAGUCCAAACCCUUUUCGACCGAAGAGUCAGCUCAACUGCUGCGUCUCCAUCAACAAGUUGUAAAUGACCAUUACCGCCACAAGUUGCGCCACGAGCACUCAAAGCAGGGUGCCUGGACCAAGGAAGAGGAACAGGCGCUCCUCAAUGCGGUCAAGCCCUACUUACUGCCGGACGGCCAACUCAUGGAUCAAGUGCCAUGGGAACAAGUCAGCGCCCAACUGAAUGGCGAUCGCACGCCGCUGCAGUGUCGCCAGGUGUACGUUCACCGGCUGCUCAUUAAGAUGCAGCGCUCUCGGUUGGGCAAAAGCGAUGCGCCUGAGUGGUCCAUCAAGGACACCCUCAAAUUGCUUGAAUACAUUCAAGCCUCGAAAGCGACACACCUUGACCUGGUACCCUGGGAUCAACUCGUGGAGCGUUUCGACUCGAUCUAUUCGGCUUCGAGCUUGCGGCGUAAAGCGACACGCUAUUUGCAUAGCGCGCCAUCUUCUGUCAAGGAACAAGGUCUCCAAGGUAACCACAACCUGCCAUGCAUCUGCCUUUCAUCCUUCGUGCUCAAGCGACCGCUGCCUUUCGCGUCGCGCAUUGAAUGGGGUCUUCUCACUGGCAAGAAAAACGCUGGGUAUAUGAGUGACUCUGACGAUGAGGAGCCGCACUCCAAGCGCGCCAAAACCCACAAGAGCAGCAGCUCUCUCAAUAGCAAGAAAAAGAAGAAGCACAAACACAAGCAUCACCGCCAUCGCCACGAUGGCACGUCAACGGACCUCGUCACCUCCAGCCCUGUUGAAGCUACACCCGCCGCCGCCAACGUGGUUGCGGAUGCUAUUGUUGACUUUCAGUUGGACGCCAAGAAGAAGAGAAAGUCAAAGGAUCGCAGUCGGGAGAGCUCUUCUCGGCGCAAGCACAAAUCACGCUCCCACAAGUCAUCCAGUGAGGAGCGCCAUCGACGUCACCAACAUCACCACGGGGACGCAAAUGCAGCCACCUCGGGUGAGACCAGUGCCGUUGCCACGACAGAGCCGCCCACAACCACCAGCCCACCCAGCGCUGCACCCGCCGGCGAAAGUCAAGGCUACGCUGCGCCCGUGGCGGCACAAGCUAGUCAUGCUAAAGCCGAAGCUUAGGUGCUAUCGGUUGCCAAGGCUUCCAUUCACAUGUGAUCAUCUUCUUUUUGUUCUCAACCAUGUCGUUUUCUGAGUCAACCCUGAGUUUGGUCAUGUUCUACUUUUAUUUUAUUUUUGUUUUGUUUUGUUUAGUUUUGUAUUGUUGUUCUUGUCUCGUUGUUCGUCUCCAUAGUGUAUUUGUCAUCCGUCCCUCGACACACACUUUUCAGGUACUCGACGCAGGAGCGGACCGAUCUGCAACCAGGACAGAUGCCGAGUUUGGUUUGGGCCAAUAAUCGAGUUGGUGUGAGCGCCGUGCGCUCACGUGUCAAGCGCAGGAUGUGGCGCGUUGUUUAUCAUGAUUUGGUUGUCUCGACCUGGUCGUGCACAUCACAAUCAUGCUUGCACGAUAAGCGUCCGCAUGACUGGCAGUCUACAAUUAAGUUU